GUCUAGGGGCGGAGCUAAGUGAGUCCAUCUCUUCAUUCCAACAGGUAGCCUAAACCCUCACAGACUACAGUCUCUGGACGCACCCGGACCCUGCAGCAUUCUGGGCUGGAAGAGUACCUCCUGUGCGGGUCUGAUGAUCUCUGGACUAGAUAUGGUGAAUCCUGGAUCGUGCCCAGUGAGUUGUGGACCGGAUCUGAUGCGUCGGGGAUCCGGAGCGGACAGCAGCAGGAUGGGGGAGCGCCUGCAGGCGGCUCUGGCAGGUCUGCAGGAGCUGAGCCUGCUGAGAGACCGGCAGAGCGGGCUGGUGGCCCGGGCUCUGAGAGGGGACAGGGAGGAUCCGGGUCCGGAGGGGUCAGGGGGAUCCGGGACUGAGGAGCAGCGUCUGGAAGCGACUCUGACGGCUCUGAAGCUGCAGCUGUCUCGUCUUCGUAAACAGGACCUGGGUCUGAAGUCUCACCUGCAGCAGCUGGAUCAGCAGAUCAGCGAGCUGAAGUUAGACGUCAGGAAGGUGUCCACAGAGCAGCAGGAAAGUGACAGCAGGCCCAGCUCAGGUUUCUAUGAGCUCAGCGAUGGCGGCUCGCUGUCCAACUCCUGUACUUCGGUGUACAGCGAGUGUCUGUCGUCCUCUCAGAGCAGCCUUCAUCCUCUUAGUCCGUCCCUCAUUGGUCCUCAGUCACAGACUGAAGUCUGCCGCCGGCACUCCGCAGAUGAGACCUUCACCCAGCCCCCCCCUCCCCGAGCUUCAGGACUCCACCUGGGCAGCAGCCGGAUUAGAGCGAGUUCUACAGAGCUGGGCCGACAGAGACCGGUGUCCACAGGUGAUCUGGACGGGAUUCUGGCUCAGGGACUUGGCUUUUACAAACCUGUGGUUUCAAAGAAAUCCUGGACCCACCUGAGGACCUGCACCAUGGACCCUAAAAGCAACCUAGUGUCUGGUGAGGGGACAGAGGUCAAUCAGCACGCAGGUCCGCUGUAUGCUGUGGCCCAACAGUUCCCCGUCUACUUCCAGGGGGGCGAUCCAAACCCACCUGGAACCAAGGGGGUCCAGGGACCCUCAGAGACAAGUUCUUCUAUCAUUCAGAGGAAACAAAUGGGACAUGAAACAAAGACUCUAGGUCACAUCGACAAGCCCCUUCUGAAGCCCUCCAGCAGAGUCCAGGUCCAAGCAGAGACUCUGCUGACCCACAGAGACCAGCACCAGGAGUCCUCUGAGGGUCUGACUGUGUUUCCUGAGGCCUCACAGAGAGACGUUUCUGGUCCAGCACAGACCAAAAAAACCAUCCCAACACAGAGAGACCAGAACAGACACUUAGUGAUAAACUCCAGACAACAGAUCCCUGAAAACAGGAACCAGAUCCUGACAGUUAGACCCCCACAGGGCUCUCACAGAAUCUCAUGUCCCUCUACCGUGAGGGAGUCCAGCUGUGAUGAGGUCUCGUCUUCAUCGCUGAGGAGGACCAAAGGACAACAAGAGAGAGUUCAGGGUUCAGAGAAAAGAUGUGAAGAUCAGGAAGAGACCGGUCCACAAGAGAGGAGGGUCCAAAGACAAAGAUCUGGACUGAACAGCUGCUCCAGACCAGAGGACACUCACACACCAUCCCCCCAGUUUGUCCAUGCAAAGUUUGUCCCUGCUGGAUCUCAGAGGAUCAAAGUGAGACAGGCAGACCAUAAAACCAGAGCCCUGAAACUGAGAAAACCUCCAACAGCAAGGCAGCAACACUCUGAAAAGACCAGAGAGACCAGGUCCAAGGGGGAUGUGAGGAGACCAGGAAGAGAAAAGCUGACUCAGAAAUACCCUAGCUGUCAACCGGAAGAGCUCAGACCAGGAUCAAGCUCAGACUACAGCCCAAGCAGUACUGGAACUUCAUGCACCAACACGGUCUACGUCGAGUCACAUCCAAUCCCUUCUGCUACAAGGUCCAACAGAGUCCAGAGACCUCACAACCUGGAUUAUGACCUGUCUAUAGACAUGAGGAGCAGGAGAAAGGUGGCUCUGAUCCAGACCUCAUGUGUCCAACGACAGCAGUCCAGAGGGUCUCAGGUUCAUCCUCCAGGGACCUUGCAGACGAUACAUAAUGCCAGACUGGAUCAAUGGACUGGACCCGCUCACUCCUUCCCAUACCCCGUGCCCCCAAUCUCUUUCCAUCACAGUCUGGACACCAGGUACCCUCCUGCACCCUGUUACAGGUCCAGCGUGUACCCCCCUCGCUGCGAGUCUGAGUACUCGGCUGAGUGUGCGUCCCUGUUUCACUCCACGGUUGCCGGGAGCAGCGAGGGCGAGCUGAGCGACUACACCACCAACUGCUUUGGAGACAACGAGUCAAGCUGGAGUUACCAGACUUCUUCUGAGUCCAACAGCAGCUUGUCCAUAGACCAAGAGGACCAGGAAGACCCGGAAGACUGCCUCCAGGAUCAGAAGGGUCCUCUGUUGGCUCAGGCUGGUUCUCAGCAGCUCCCCCACCCCAGACCAUCUGCCUGCCGCAUCAAAGCGUCUCGAGCCCUGAAGAAAAAGAUCAGACGGUUCCAACCGGCCUCUUUAAAGAUCAUGACCCUGGUCUAAAAGAGUCCAACAUCAGAACAAAAAUGCAGAGAAGUCUGGGAAGACCAAGCAGCAACCUACGGUGUAUAUAAAAAAAAAUUAUGUUGAAGUGCAAAACCUGCAGUUCCUCCAGUGUCCACUAGAGUGUGUCUCCUGCAGUGAGUCAGUCCCCAUAGAGCCCCAUGUUCAAAUGUUACAGCAGAAAUAAACAUGUUUACAGCCUGGUACAAAAACAGUUUGGGUCUCUUUAGCUCAUUUCUCUCUUCAUGACAACUGUACGGCUGAAUUUAUAAACAACUCACCUGGUUACAGCAGGUUAAGGGUUAAAGGGAGGUAGGAUAAGGGGCGUGGCCUAUUUGAGUGACAGGUGGACUUCUUUGGACUUCAUUUAAACAUUUAAACAAGACUCAGUGUUUGUUCUAAAGGUGAAAAUAAUAAAAAUGUAAGUAAAAUUCGACCGAAUGUUUUACUCUUGUUCAUAAAUAAAUAUGUUGUAAAUGAA